AUGCCCAGCGAGCGGACCUUCAUUGCAGUCAAACCCGAUGGCGUGCAGCGUAAUCUCGUGGGAGAAAUCAUCAAGCGCUUCGAGAACAAGGGCUACAAACUUGUUGGUCUCAAACUUCUCCAGCCCACUGAGGAACAAGCCAAGCAGCACUACAUUGAUCUCGCAUCGAAACCCUUCUACAGUGGCCUUGUGUCGUACUUUUCCUCUGGCCCUAUCGUCGGUAUGGUGUGGGAGGGCCUCGGUGUUGUAAAGGGCGGCCGUGUGCUUUUGGGCGCAACGAACCCCGCAGACUCGCUCCCUGGCACCAUUCGUGGUGACUUCGCCGUGGAUGUUGGCCGCAAUGUGUGCCAUGGGUCCGACAGCGUGGAAAGCGCCAAACGCGAAAUCGCGUUCUGGUUCAAGGCGGAGGAGCUGGUAAGCUGGACGUCCCACUCCGUCAAGCAAAUUUAUGAAAGGGCAUAA